AUGGCUUCUCCCUCAACGCGCCGCCUCCUUAAAGAAAGCACCGACCUACACAAAAACCCAAGUCCCUACUUCAACGCAAAACCAAUAACAGACGACAACCUACACGACUGGCACUUCACACUCGUAGGCCCACCAAGUCCAUCGCCAUACAGCCAAGGCCUCUACCACGGCCGCAUAACCUUCCCACCAACAUAUCCGCUCCGUCCACCAUCCUUCCGCUUCCUCACCCCAUCUGGCCGCUUCGAAGUCAAUCGCGAAAUCUGUCUCAGUAUCUCAGGCCACCACGAAGAAACAUGGCAGCCAGCUUGGGGGGUGCGCACUGCUCUUCUCGCAAUCCGAAGUGAGAUCAUGGGUUCUGAGAGUCAAGGACAGGUUGGAGGCAUGGAGAGGAAGUCCCGCUGUGAGGAGGGAAUUUGCAAAGCUUUCUACGGACUGGCGGGGGUGGACGUUGACGUCGAGACCGAGGGGGCUAAGGUCGGGAAUGAUGAGCCAAAGGUGCAGGGGCAGCAGGACGAAGGUGAGGUUGGGGUUCGGGAUCAGGAUCAGGGUGAUGCUUCGGCGCAGGCGCCGGCUCAUACCCCGGGCCAAGCAGAGGAUACUUUGAUUGCCCCAUCUGCUCCCACCCUUGCUGCAGCUGUCCCGGCCACGUUGCCAGCGCAGGCGUCCGCACCCGCAUACUCGUCACCGAGACCUGCAGCUGGGGUUGCAGCUAGGGCUGGCACUGGGGCUGUGCCUGCACCUAUCCACACGAUCCCCGUUCAGCAAAUACCCUUGGAUCAAGAGUCCUCUGAGGGCGUCUGGCUAGACAGAGCCAUUGUCGGUGUUGUGAUUGCUCUCAUCAUAUUGAUUUUACGACGAGUGGCUAAUGUCGACGAUCUAUGA